UUUGCGUCGCUACACCUGACGCCUCUCCCCCUGUCUGCAGCCUGCCUAUUUGCUUCUCCCUGUACCUGCUUUGCUGAAGCAACGACUCUCCCCUAAGUUUGCUCCUCUUUUGGGGGGACACUGGCUCCCAGAGGCACUCACCCCUCUGCCCAGCUGAGCUACUGCCGGUGGCCCCUUCCCUUGCCUACUCAGCUGUUCGCUUCUCCCCUGUUGGCUGGACAAAUGGCAGCUCCUGUUUGGAGACUCCUGAACUAGAGCCAUCUUAUGUGGAAGUAAGACUGAACAUUUGGAGACCGGAGGCUGUUGUUCCUGUGUCCCCCCUUAAGAUUUCCUACUCAUUAGUGAAGCCUGCAAGAACAACCACCUAGUACAAUGUUUCACUUACCUUGCAAGUGGUCAAAGGUUUGAAAUCCAGGCAAAAGCAUCAGUUAAGUUUUAAACUAAGGCCAGAUCUUGCUUAACACAUCAGGAUUUGGCAGCAUGAAGCCUGUUAUUGUUGUUCAUGGUGGAGCUGGCCGCAUCUUUAAAGAUCGGGAAGAAGGAGCUCGUUCAGGUGUUACCAGAGCAGCACUGAAAGGUUACAGUAUCCUUAAACAAGGAGGCAAUGCAUUAGAUGCAGUUGAAGAAGCAGUGACAUCAAUGGAAGAUGAUCCACAUUUUAAUGCAGGCUAUGGAUCUGUUUUAAAUGAGAAGGGUGAAGUAGAAAUGGAUGCCAUUAUCAUGGAUGGAAAAAAUCUAGCCUCAGGAGCAGUAUCUGCAGUUAAAUGUAUAGCUAACCCAAUAAAGCUUGCUCGUCUUGUCAUGGAAAAGACAGAGCACAUGUUGCUGACUGACCAUGGAGCAAAUCUUUUUGCCAAGGCCAUGGGUGUUCCUGAGAUUCCAGGGGAGAAACUUAUAUCGGAAAGAUCCAGGGAGAGAUGGAGCAAGAACCUUGAGCCAGAUUCUAACCCUCAUGAGUUUAAAAAAGACCCUGGAACAGUUGGUGCUGUUGCUAUAGACAAUGAAGGAAACGUAGCUUGUGCAACAUCCACUGGGGGACUCACUAAUAAACUGGUUGGCCGAGUCGGUGAUUCAGCAUGCAUAGGAAGUGGAGGCUAUGCUGAUAACCAUGUUGGUGCCAUCUCUACCACAGGACAUGGAGAAAGUAUGAUGAAAGUGGUCCUAGCCCGACUUAUUCUCUAUCACAUGGAACAAGGAAUGUCACCGGUGGACGCUGCUGACACUGCAUUGAAUUAUAUGAAAACAAGAGUGGCUGGAUUAGGAGGUGUCAUAGUUGUCAGCAAUUCAGGGGGCUGGGCAGCAAGGUUCUCCACCAAGCAGAUGUCUUGGGCUACAGUGAAGGAUGACCAAUUGCAGUAUGGCAUUUACACAGGGGAGAUACAUACGAGCUCUGUUAUUGAGUCCAAGUAAUUCUGGGGAUGAAGAAAAGUGGACAGUACAGCAGGACAAAGAUCUCAGUCUUCAUGGGGAGCAGUGAAAAUUGAUGUUAUCUUUCUGAAAAGAUUUACCUUCUAUUAAAUAGUCCCAGAAUUCACCACAUUUUACAAGCAAACUGAAACCCAGAAGCACUGGGCUUAAAGAUGAUGGAUGUGGAUAUAGUGAUCAAUUAAAUGUCUCUAGAAAGCACCAGGGCUGGUGUCCUCUUUUCAGAAACCAGAUAGCGUAUAGGCAUGUACAAGGGCAUCCCCUCAUGUCUGGGCUGGCUCUCUUCUAGCACCCUCUGCCGACAGUUGCUCAAGUCCUGUAGUGAUCUGCCUCUUCUUGUGACUCAGCCUCUCCAGCCAGAUCCCACCCCUUUUACGGUAGUGAAGUCCAACAGAUAAUCCAAUGUCCUUACAAAAGGUCUUCAGCCCCGAUUCUGGCCUACUGUGCUCCUUAGAGCUGCUUAUCUCAGGGCUGUCAAAAGUCCUUUUCCACCUAUAUCAGGGGCUUCAUGCCAUCUUCCCUGGUGGCUAGCAGGGGAACCCAGGUCCUCCCACUACACUAGGUUCCAGUUCAAGGACCCUACAACCAGCAGCCAAAGUCUACCAUGUCAGACUCUUUACUGCUGCCUCUCUGGACUUCUUCCUACCAAGUCUGCCAGCAGGUCUCUCUCACAACCUCUCUAAAUUCACCCUCCUUUCAGGGCCAGAUCUUCCCCCUGGAAUCCGCCAGUAAAUCUCAUACCAAGUGUACAAUUUAACCCGUCUUCACUUUUCAUCCCUCCUAAGUUUCCCUUACACAGUCCCUCAGUUAACCACCUGCCAGAGCUCUCUUACUGGAAGUCCAGAUCCUGCCCUUUUAUCAGAGCUCACCACACUGAAGCUUGUUCAGUCCUAGUGGCUGCACUGUCUCUCACCUGGCCUCUUGCUAAACUUCUCUACCCAUAAGAGGGUUCCAGGGCCAACCUUCUUCCUAGACUUCCUCCUCGACCCUCAGGGUCUUGCUACUCUCUUAUACCUGAGGAGUGAAUGCAAAAUUCUUUUCUCUCUCCCCGAAACCACCUUCUUUCUUUUUUCUAUCUGCUUCCUGUUUUAUGGUGCAGCAGCCUCAGUCUAUGAGGCUAUGACUGCCACUUACAGCAGUUUUUGCAUAAGCAAAAUCUAUAUCCUCUCACCCAGUCCUGUAUCCUUAAAAAAUCAAAUAAAUUCUUUUUUAAUACUGCCCCACUUUCCCAGUACUAAGAAUAUAUUUGUUCACCUUGGGUGCAUCUCAGUUCUUCAUAAAGAAUUUUUCUAUGUAACUGUCCCUGCAUUGCCACAGCAGAUGCUUAACUGUUUCUUGGACUUUGCAGGUGUCCAUAACCUAUUUUUGUGCUUGUUCAGUAAAUAUAAAUUACCAUUCAGAUCACAGUGACUUGUUAGCCCUCUAAAUGUAUAGUUACUUCACUUCUUCUAUCAUAGCUAUUAAGUAUACCAUUAUCCUCAAGUUUAGGACAUAUUUCAUAGGACCUUUGUCCUUUUUUUUCCUCUUUGGUCCAUAAUUCUUGACAUUCCCUCUGAAGUUCUCUCUUAACCAAACUUUUGAAGUCCUGUAUACUCAGAGGGCUCUUUAUGACAAUCUCCUCAUUUUAAGGCAUUUUUCACUGCUUUAUCUGCCAUUUUGUUGCCCAGUAUCCCAGCAAGCACUGCAAUCCACACUAUUAUGAUAGGUAUACCCAAUUGUACUCUCUUUAGUUAAGAAUAAUUGAUUGAACCAGUCCUGCUUUCCGAGGUUUCCUUUCUAAUCACCCUUAUACUUGAUAUACCUGUCAUAAUGGCCACAAAAUUGGAUAGUCUCAUAGGUCUCUUUAUUUCAGAUUCAGGGAUACAAAAGGCCCUUCCCAAACUGUAUUCUUAUCUCUAGAGCAGUCAGUAUAGGUUUGGCAAUGAUGACCCCAUUUGCCAUGUAUAAACUCUUAAAUUAUAGCUGUUUUAUUUGAUGGUUCUGCUCUUACCUUUGUAUCAUAUAAUUUCAAAUCCACAACUGGGGAGAAAACCAUCCUGCUAUAGUUUGAUUUCCCAUGACUAAGGGUUUUAAUUUCUUCCAGACCUUCCUUUUAACCCACCUUUUGACCCUGUUCACAGGUGGGAGUUUGUGUCUACUGUGACAGACCCAGACCAGUGGGGUACAGGAGUCUGGUAGAGGGCAAAUAUACUGGUCACUGGAUGAGUAGUUUUCUGUUCCCUAAGUGACCAGAGCAGGGGCUGCACUAGAGUAAUCAGGAACCUGCUAGAACCAGUUAAGGUAGGCAGGCUAAUUAGGACACCUGGAACCAAUUAAGAAGAAGCUGCUAGAAUCAAUUAAGGCAGGCUAAUCAGGGCACCUGGGUUUUAAAAGGAGCUCACUUCAGUUUGUGGGUGGGAGUGUGAGGAGCUGGGAGCAAGAGGCGCAAGGAGCUGAGAGCGAGAGGGUGCGCUGCUGGAGGACUGAGGAGCACAAGCGUUAUCAGACACCAGGAGGAAGGUCCUGUGGUGAGAAUAAGGACGGUGUUUGGAGGAGGCCAUGGGGAAGUAGCCCAGGGAAUUGUAGCUGUCAUGCAGCAGUUACAGGAGGCACUAUAGACAGCUGCAGUCCACAGGGCCCUGGGCUGGAACCCGGAGUAGAGGGUGCCCCCCCCCCAACCUCCCAAUUGACCUGGACUGUGGGUUCUUCCAGAGGGGAAGAUCUCUGGGCUGUUCCCCAACCCACAUGGUGAAUCUCUGAGGCAGGAAAAUCCGCCAAUAAGCACAGGACCCACCAAGAUAGACGAGGAACUUUGUCACCUCAUAUAUUUGUUUAGUACUCUUAUCUUUGCUAUUUCCAUUAACCUUAGCUCAAAAGAUUAAAUCUAACAAUUUCUACCUUAAAUUUCUAGGCAUUUCUCAGGUUGCUACCUGCAGCACACAUGAGAGUCCAAAGUCGUAAUACUCGCACAACAUGUGAGUCACAGAGCUUGGGCUUGGAUCAGCUCUGAUGAAAUUUUUUUCUUUUUAGUGUUGAUUUUAGAAGUUGAAUUAAAGUCUUGGUAUUCAUAAUCUAUAACUAGUGUUAUUAAUGCCCUUUACAGCAUCAACAGUUUGUUCUUAUCUGUACCCUAGUUGUUCCCAGCAAUACUUUUAAGCAAAUUCAUCCUAUCUUUACAGUUAAUUCUGAUUUUUAUCUAUAACCCUUCCAAGUUAGUUUAUUGAACAUAACUCCUAAGAAUGUUAAAAUUUUGAAGUGAUUUUUUUUUCUUCUGUAUAUAGAGAGGUUCUGUUCUUCCCCAGUCUUACUUUUUGGUGAAGAUCAUUCCCGUUGUUUGGGCAAGUGAGAACCUAAAUCCUCAAGUAUCUCCCCAUUCUGAAAUUCCCAAGUGCCUCAUUGGUUCUCUCCACAGCUAUCUUAAGUCUUCUAUAUUUGGCCCAUAUAUCACAGUAAUCUGCAAAUAGACUAAUAUCUAUUCCCUCCUGUAUACUCUCUGGGAGAUCAUUAAUAAUAAUAAUAAUGUUAAACAGGGUUGGCCUGAUAACACUCCCCUCUGAAAUGCAAUUAGUACAUUUAUAAAUAUUCGACAAACCUGCCCCCACCUGACUUGUAUGGUUCUACCACUUAAGCAGUCUCUUAUCCACCAAAACAUUCUUCCUCUUUCUCCAACUGUGGCUACUUUAUACAUAAAGCUUCCUUCUGUAGCAUGUCAUAUGUUUUUCAGUGUCCAAAAAGACAGCUAUCAAAAUCUGUUUUGUAUUUGUUUCUAAUCUUACAAUAUGAUCAACUAUGCAUCUUCCAUUCCUGAAACCACUUUGUACACAGUUUAUAAUUUCAUUUUUUCCAAGUAUGCUACUAAUCUCCCAUUUAUCAGUCUUUUCAUAAUGUUGCCCACACCGGAUGUGAGAGAGCUAUAUGCAUCAUGUCUUUGUAUAGUUUGCCACAAAAGCUUAUGCCCAAAUAAAUCUGUUAGUCUUUCAGGUGC